GUCCUAAGAGGACUGUAGGUGUAUAAAAAUGCCUUACAUAUGCCAGUCAAGAACCUUCUUUUACAUUCAGCGUUUCUACUCCCUCCAAGAAGAGUAUCAACACUGAAUACAACAGCGGCAACAGCGGCAACAGCGGCGAAAGACAAACAUGAGUGUGAAGGGCAUGGUUAUAGCCUUGACUGUGAUAGUCUGUGCUACAGUUGUUCAAGGCUUCCCCAUGUUCAAGGGGGGACGCUGUCUUUGCAUAGGCCCUGGAGUAAAAGCAGUGAAAGUGGCAGAUAUUGAGAAAGCAACCAUAAUUUACCCGAGUAACAGCUGUGACAAAAUAGAAGUGAUUAUCAACCUUAAAGCACGUAAAGGACAAAGAUGCCUAAAUCCCAAAUCGAAACAAGCAAGCAUUAUAAUCAAGAAAAUUCAAAUAAUGAAUUUUUUAAAACAUCAAACUGUAUGAAGUCCUGGGGAAAGAGGAUUUGAAAACCUAGAACAAGUUUAACCGUGACAACUAAAGUGAUAAGAAUUCCACAGUAAGAAACGGAUUUUCUUCCUGCCUGUUGCAAAGUACAUUCAUUCACUUCUAUGUCAGCAAACCUCAGAAAUCUGAUAGUGAGAACUAUUCUUUUGUGUCCAAGACAAUAUUUCUGUAUCUAAAAGUUAUGUGUUUGUACUUGAUCUAUCCUGCCAUAUUACAACUUUCACUUACAAUGGAGAUAUUAACAUUAUUACUGGAGUCAAGACUGUAUGAUUUGAAUGCAUCCGUGUGUGUAAUAAACAUUCCCCAAAUAAUUUUUAAUGCAAAUCCACACUUUUCCCCCAAAAUAACAGCACAUAUAUGUUCUUAUGUAUAUUACCAUUUUAUGAAAAGGCUGUAAUUCAUGAAAUGUACUAUGAAAAAAAUUAUAAGCUAAGGAAACAGAUAAGACUAUAAAUAUUUCAUAACUGAA